UCUCCUAAUAGGCACCCUUGAGGAUAAUGCUCGGAAAUGCAGGGAAGCAUCUCCACAACAAGGAGUAACUUAGGAGGAACAGCAAACCCUGGCAGGUGAUGUAGACAAGACACGUACCAGGGAUCCCUCAAGAUGGUUGCCUUGUCACUCAAGAUCUGCGUCCGCCACUGCAAUGUGGUCAAGACUAUGCAGUUUGAGCCCUCGACGGCGGUCUACGACGCCUGCCGCGUGAUCCGCGAACGGGUCCCAGAGGCUCAAACCGGGCAAGCCUCUGAUUAUGGCUUGUUCCUGUCUGAUGAAGAUCCACGGAAAGGCAUCUGGCUGGAAGCAGGAAGGACCCUGGAUUACUACAUGCUGCGGAAUGGGGACAUUUUGGAAUACAAGAAGAAGCAGAGGCCGCAGAAAAUACGGAUGCUGGACGGCUCCGUGAAGACCGUGAUGGUGGACGACUCGAAAACAGUCGGGGAACUGCUGGUCACCAUUUGCAGCCGGAUAGGAAUAACCAAUUACGAAGAGUACUCUUUAAUCCAAGAAAGCAACGAAGAGAAAAAAGAGGAGAGCACAGGGACGCUGAAGAAGGACCGCACGCUAUUACGGGACGAGAAGAAAAUGGAGAAGCUGAAAGCGAAGCUGCACACAGAUGAUGACUUAAACUGGCUAGAUCACAGUCGGACGUUUCGGGAGCAAGGAGUGGACGAGAACGAGACGCUGCUGCUCAGGCGCAAGUUCUUCUAUUCGGACCAGAAUGUCGAUUCGAGAGACCCCGUCCAGCUCAACCUGUUGUAUGUCCAGGCCCGGGACGAUAUUCUGAACGGUUCCCAUCCCGUCUCCUUUGAGAAGGCGUGUGAAUUCGGAGGUUUCCAAGCGCAGAUCCAGUUUGGGCCUCACGUCGAGCACAAGCACAAGCCGGGGUUUCUCGAUCUAAAAGAAUUCCUUCCGAAAGAAUACAUCAAGCAAAGAGGGGCUGAGAAGAGGAUAUUUCAGGAACACAAAAACUGUGGCGAAAUGACGGAAAUCGAGGCCAAGGUGAAGUACGUGAAGUUGGCCCGCUCUCUGAGAACCUACGGGGUCUCCUUUUUCCUUGUUAAGGAAAAAAUGAAGGGGAAGAACAAGCUGGUCCCUCGCUUGCUGGGGAUCACCAAGGAGUCGGUGAUGCGCGUGGACGAAAAGACGAAGGAGGUCCUGCAGGAGUGGCCACUGACGACCGUCAAGCGCUGGGCAGCCUCGCCAAAAAGCUUCACUCUGGAUUUCGGUGAAUACCAAGAAAGCUACUACUCCGUCCAAACUACUGAAGGCGAGCAGAUUUCUCAGCUCAUUGCAGGUUACAUUGACAUCAUCCUCAAAAAGAAGCAAAGCAAAGACCGAUUUGGGCUUGAAGGGGACGAAGAAUCGACCAUGUUAGAAGAAUCCGUGUCACCUAAAAAGUCGACGAUCCUGCAGCAGCAGUUCAACCGUACGGGGAAGGUAGAGCACGGCUCUGUUGCCCUGCCGGCCGUCAUGCGCUCGGGCUCCACCGGGCCAGAGAUGUUCAACGUCGGGAGCAUGCCUUCUCCCCAACAGCAGGUCACGGUGGGGCAGAUGCACCGGGGCCACAUGCCCCCCUUGACCUCUGCCCAGCAAGCCUUGAUGGGCACCAUCAACACCAGUAUGCACGCCGUUCAGCAGGCCCAGGAUGACCUCACCGAAGUGGACAACCUCCCGCCCCUAGGGAACGACAUGGCAUCCAGAGUUUGGGUUCAGAACAAAGUGGAUGAAUCGAAGCAUGAAAUACACUCCCAGGUGGAUGCCAUCACAGCCGGGACGGCAUCGGUUGUGAACCUUACGGCAGGUGACCCCGUAGAUACUGACUACACAGCGGUGGGAUGCGCCAUCACCACCAUCUCUUCAAACCUCACGGAGAUGUCCAAAGGCGUCAAGCUUCUCGCUGCGCUGAUGGAUGACGAGGUUGGAAGCGGAGAAGACCUGCUGAAAGCUGCCCGGACCUUGGCAGGAGCUGUUUCGGACCUGCUGAAAGCUGUGGAGCCCACCUCUGGAGAGCCUCGCCAGACGGUCCUGACAGCCGCCGGGAGCAUCGGCCAAGCCAGCGGGGAGCUUCUCAGGCAGAUUGGGGAGAACGAGACUGACGAGCGGUUCCAGGAUGUGCUGAUGAGUCUCGCCAAAGCCGUUGCCAACGCGGCCGCCAUGCUGGUGCUGAAGGCCAAGAACGUGGCCCAGGUGGCGGAGGACGCCGUCCUGCAGAACCGAGUGAUUGCCGCCGCAACGCAGUGCGCGCUUUCCACUUCGCAGCUCGUGGCUUGUGCAAAGGUCGUGAGCCCGACCAUCAGUUCUCCCGUGUGCCAGGAGCAGCUGAUCGAAGCAGGGAAGCUGGUCGACCGCUCGGUGGAGAACUGCGUCCGGGCCUGCCAGGCAGCCACGGACGAUACAGAGCUGCUCAAGCAGGUUAGCGCAGCAGCCAGCGUGGUCAGCCAGGCCCUGAACGACCUCCUGCAGCACGUCCGGCAGUUUGCCAGCCGAGGGGAGCCCAUCGGACGCUACGACCAGGCCACCGACACCAUCAUGUGCGUCACCGAAAGCAUCUUCAGCUCCAUGGGAGAUGCUGGUGAAAUGGUGCGGCAGGCCCGGGUGCUCGCUCAAGCCACCUCGGAUCUGGUCAACGCCAUGAGGUCGGACGCGGAGGCGGAAAUCGAUAUGGAGAAUUCCAAGAAGCUUCUGGCGGCUGCAAAACUUCUGGCCGAUUCCACCGCUCGGAUGGUGGAAGCUGCAAAGGGAGCAGCGGCCAACCCAGAAAACGAAGACCAGCAACAGAGGCUUCGGGAAGCGGCCGAAGGGCUGCGGGUGGCUACCAACGCAGCGGCUCAGAAUGCCAUUAAGAAGAAAAUCGUGAACCGGCUAGAGGUGGCUGCUAAGCAAGCGGCCGCGGCCGCAACGCAGACCAUCGCCGCCUCGCAGAAUGCGGCCAUCUCAAACAAGAAUACAGCGGCUCACCAGCAGCUGGUCCAAAGCUGUAAGAACGUGGCUGACCACAUCCCGCAGCUUGUCCAGGGCGUGAGGGGCAGCCAGGCACAAGCGGAGGACUUGAGCGCUCAACUGGCCUUGAUAAACUCUAGCCAAAUCUUCCUCCAGCCAGGAAGCAAGAUGGUGGCUUCGGCGAAAGCAGCCGUGCCAACGGUGGGGGACCAGGCUGCGGCCAUGCAGCUGAGCCAGUGUGCGAAGAACUUGGCCACCAGCCUGGCUGAGCUGAGAACAGCCUCCCUUGAAAAAUGUGCUCAGGACCUGGGGAGCACCUCGAAAGCGGUGGGGUCAUCGAUGGCCCAGCUGCUGACCUGUGCAGCGCAAGGCAAUGAACAUUACACAGGUGUGGCCGCGAGGGAGACGGCGCAGGCCCUGAAGACUUUGGCUCAAGCCGCCCGGGGCGUCGCAGCAUCUACGAGCGACCCGGCGGCGGCACGCGCCAUGUUGGACUCUGCGCGGGACGUGAUGGAAGGCUCCGCGAUGCUCAUCCAGGAAGCCAAGCAGGCUUUGGUGGCUCCUGGCGAUGCCGAAAGCCAGCAGAGGCUGGCCCAGGUGGCCAAGGCGGUUUCACACUCGUUGAACAACUGCGUGAACUGUCUCCCGGGCCAAAAGGACGUGGACGUCGCCCUGAAGAGCAUCGGCGAGUCCAGCAAGAAGCUGCUGGUAGAAUCGCUGCCUCCCAGUUCAAAAUCCUUCCAAGAGGCGCAGAGCGAGCUCAACCAAGCGGCGGCGGAUCUGAACCAGUCGGCCGGGGAAGUCGUGCACGCCACGCGGGGCCAGAGCGGGGAGCUGGCGGCCGCCUCCGGGAAGUUCAGCGAGGAUUUCGAUGAGUUCCUCGACGCCGGGAUCGAGAUGGCCGGCCAAGCUCAGACGAAAGAGGACCAGAUCCAGGUCAUCGGGAACCUCAAAAACAUCUCCAUGGCUUCCAGCAAGCUGCUUCUGGCGGCCAAGUCUCUCUCGGUGGAUCCUGGUGCUCCUAACGCCAAGAAUCUCUUAGCAGCGGCUGCAAGGGCCGUGACGGAGAGCAUAAACCAGCUGAUCACCUUGUGUACUCAGCAAGCCCCGGGGCAGAAGGAGUGUGACAACGCUCUCCGGGAACUGGAGACCGUUAGAGGAAUGCUGGAAAGCCCUAACGAACCCGUGAGCGACCUCUCGUAUUUCGACUGCAUUGAAGGGGUCAUGGAAAACUCAAAGGUGCUUGGGGAGGCGAUGGCUGGGAUUUCUCAGAACGCCAAGACCGGCGACCUUCCCGUCUUUGGCGAGUGUGUCGGGGUGGCUUCGAAGGCCCUCUGUGGUCUCACGGAAGCAGCUGCUCAGGCUGCGUAUCUGGUCGGCAUCUCGGAUCCCAACAGCCAAGCUGGGCAGCAAGGCCUGGUGGAUCCCAUCCAGUUUGCCAGGGCCAAUCAGGCUAUCCAGAUGGCUUGUCAGAAUCUAGUGGAUCCCACGAGCAGCCCAUCCCAGGUCUUGUCGGCCGCCACCAUUGUGGCCAAGCACACCUCCGCCCUCUGCAACGCCUGCCGCCUCGCGUCGUCCAAGACCGCCAACCCGGUGGCCAAGCGGCACUUUGUCCAGUCUGCCAAGGAGGUGGCCAACAGCACGGCCAACCUGGUGAAAACCAUCAAGGCCUUAGAUGGGGAUUUCUCCGAAGACAACCGUAAUAAGUGCCGGAUCGCCACAGCCCCAUUGAUUGAAGCUGUGGAGAACUUAACGGCCUUUGCGUCAAACCCUGAGUUCGUUAGCAUCCCGGCCCAGAUCAGCGCGGAGGGCUCUCGUGCUCAAGAACCCAUCCUGACCGCAGCCCGGACGAUGCUGGAGAGUUCCUCGUCCUUGAUCAAGACGGCCCGCUCGCUGGCCAUCAACCCCAAGGACCCGUCGACCUGGUCCGUCCUGGCUGGACAUUCGCACACGGUGUCCGAGUCUAUUAAGAGCCUCAUCACUUCCAUUAGAGACAAAGCUCCUGGGCAGAGGGAGUGUGAUUCCUCCAUUGACGGGAUCAACAGGUGCGUCCGGGAAAUCGAGCAGGCCUCCCUUGCAGCCGUCAGCCAAAACCUGGCCACGCGGGACGACAUUUCUAUUGAGGCCCUGCAGGAGCAGCUGACCUCCGUUGUCCAGGAAAUCGGGCAUCUGAUCGACCCCAUCGCUACAGCCGCCCGGGGGGAAGCCGCUCAACUGGGACACAAGGUGAUGCAGCUGGCCGGCUACUUUGAGCCGCUGGUCCUUGCCGCCGUGGGCGUGGUCUCCAAAGUGAUGAGCCACCAGCAGCAAAUGAACCUCUUGGACCAGACCAAGACCCUGGCAGAGUCGGCCCUCCAGAUGCUUUACGCCGCCAAGGAGGGGGGAGGGAACCCCAAGGCCUCACACACGCAUGACGCCAUCACGGAAGCGGCUCAGCUGAUGAAGGAGGCUGUAGACGACAUCAUGGUCACCCUGAACGAAGCAGCCAGCGAAGUGGGCAUGGUGGGCAACAUGGUGGACUCCAUCGCCGAAGCCAUGAGCAAGCUGGAUGAGGGCACUCCACCAGAGCCCAAGGGAUCCUUUGUGGAUUACCAGACCACCGUGGUCAAAUACUCCAAAGCUAUCGCUGUCACAGCCCAAGAGAUGAUGACGAAGGCGGUGACGAAUCCUGAGGAGCUGGGAGGGCUGGCCUCGCAAAUGACCACGGACUAUGGCCAUUUGGCUUUCCAGGGACGAAUGGCGGCCGCCACCGCAGAACCCGAGGAGAUCGGGUUCCAGAUCCGAACACGGGUCCAGGAGCUGGGUCACAGUUGCAUCUUUCUGGUCCAGAAGGCUGGCGCCCUGCAGAUCUGCCCCACGGACAGUUACACCAAGAGGGAGCUGAUCGAGUGUGCCCGGGCGGUCAGCGAGAAGGUCUCGCUGGUGCUGUCGGCCCUGCAGGCAGGAAACAAAGGCACCCAGGCAUGCAUCACGGCCGCGAGCGCCGUGGCCGGCAUCAUUGCCGAUCUGGACACCACCAUCAUGUUCGCCACGGCCGGCACGCUGAACUCGGAGAACAACGAAUCCUUUGCAGACCACAGGGAAAAUAUUCUGAAGACAGCAAAAGCUUUGGUGGAAGAUACCAAACUUCUGGUCUCCGGAGCGGCUUCCAGUCAGGACCGGCUAGCGCAGGCGGCCCAGUCGUCAGCAAGCACCAUCACCCACCUGGCCGAGGUGGUGAAACUGGGGGCGGCCAGCCUGGGAUCCAAUGACCCGGAAACUCAGGUCGUGUUGAUCAAUGCCAUAAAAGACGUUGCCAAGGCCUUGUCGGAUCUGAUCGGUGCCACCAAAGGGGCGGCGAGCAAACCGGCCGACGAUCCCUCCAUGUACCAGCUAAAGGGGGCUGCCAAGGUGAUGGUCACAAACGUGACGUCGCUUCUGAAGACGGUGAAAGCUGUGGAAGAUGAAGCCACCAAAGGAACUCGAGCCCUGGAGGCGACAAUCGAAUACAUCAAGCAGGAACUCACGGUGUUUCAGUCGAAGGAGGUUCCCGAAAAGACCUCAUCGCCCGAGGAAUCGAUCCGGAUGACGAAAGGCAUCACCAUGGCAACGGCCAAAGCAGUGGCGGCUGGAAACUCCUGCCGGCAGGAGGACGUGAUUGCCACCGCCAACCUCAGCCGCAAAGCCGUGUCUGACAUGCUGACCGCUUGCAAGCAAGCUUCCUACCACCAUGACGUAAACGAGGAGGUCCGGGCCCGAGCACUCCGCUAUGGGACAGAAUGCACCUUGGCUUAUCUUGAGCUGCUGGAACAUGUCUUGACGAUUCUCCAGAAGCCGACCCCGGAGCUGAAGCACCAGCUGGCCGCCCUGUCAAAGAGGGUUGCAGGCGCCGUGACGGAGCUCAUCCAGUCGGCUGAAGCCAUGAAAGGCACCGAAUGGGUAGAUCCCGAGGACCCGACCGUGAUUGCCGAGACGGAGCUGCUGGGAGCCGCAGCCUCUAUUGAAGCAGCCGCCAAGAAGCUGGAGCAGCUGAAGCCGAGGGCCAAGCCCAAGCAGGCGGACGAGACGCUGGACUUCGAGGAGCAGAUCCUGGAAGCGGCCAAGUCCAUCGCAGCCGCCACCAGCGCCUUGGUCAAAUCGGCUUCUGCCGCCCAGAGGGAGCUAGUUGCCCAGGGGAAAGUUGGAGCCAUCCCCGCCAACGCAGCUGACGACGGUCAAUGGUCCCAAGGUCUUAUUUCGGCCGCGCGCAUGGUGGCCGCCGCAACCAGCAGCCUGUGCGAGGCGGCCAAUGCUUCCGUCCAGGGCCACGCCAGCGAGGAGAAGCUGAUCUCUUCCGCUAAGCAAGUGGCGGCGUCCACCGCUCAGCUGCUGGUGGCGUGCAAAGUGAAGGCCGAUCAAGACUCCGAGGCCAUGAGGAGGCUGCAGGCUGCGGGUAAUGCCGUCAAGCGCGCAUCGGACAACCUGGUGAGGGCCGCCCAGGCAGCAGCUUUUGGCAAAGCGGACGAUGACGACGUGGUGGUGAAGACCAAGUUUGUAGGAGGCAUUGCCCAGAUCAUUGCUGCCCAGGAGGAGAUGCUAAAGAAGGAGCGGGAACUGGAAGAGGCGAGGAAAAAACUGGCCCAGAUCCGCCAGCAGCAGUACAAAUUUCUCCCCACUGAGCUUCGAGAAGAUGAAGGCUAAGUUCGCCUCUUGGCUUUGCCCGAAAUCCAACUGAGCUGAAGGGGGGGCACGCGGCCGAGAGAGAGACUCUACUGAGCACUUACCGGAAUAGGUUUGGGGGCUGAGAGAGGGACAGGGGGAUGAUGGGCUGUUCUUUUCUCCGACUCCCCUUCAGCUACACCGUGUUGGCCAUCCAAGCUGGUGGGACAGUGUUAAUCCUUCCCCUUUCUGUACCUUGCCCUUAUUUGCUGUAUCUCAGGAGAGAGAGGAGAGAGAAGGAAGGAGAGAGGAUCCCAUUUUUUUAAUGAAAGAAGUGCUAAAGUCAGUAUUAUAUCAUAACCUGAAGUUUUGACCUAUUUAUUAUUCUCUUUGGCCUGAGUUUCAGGACUUUGCUAUUAUACUCCAUGGGGGAGGGGGAAACAGUAUUAAGAAGUCCGUGUUGCAAAUGGGAACCGGGAGUCUGUGUUGGCAUCGGGUUCCUGCCCCUUUCCCCUUCCGCCUGACCCAGAUGGCGGCGGUGGCGGCGGCCGCUGGAGGGCUGGAGAGCAAGCAGACUUCUGAAUGUGUUGGCCUGGCGGAACAGGGCUUGGGGUCCCCCCCCCUCCGGUAUACCCUCGGGUGGGUUCCCUCUUUUUAAAACGGCGUUGAUGAUGGAGGAACCCUUCUCAAUACCUGUUUGCACUAGUAAGAAGAAAUCAUUUCGGCACAUUGUCGGAGAACCACUCACUCUUGUACAACGUUUUGGGGAUUUGGGGGGAGGGGGGGUUGGCCCGCAAAGGAAUAGUACUGUUAUCCUCUUUGAGCUAUUAAACAAUCGAAGAAAGGCGA